UAGAAAUUUGAAAAUUAGGAUUGUAACUGCUGGGAGUGUUUGCAACGUGAAGCAACAAGAGUCACGCUACCCCAAUCCUCCAUUACCUUCUCCGUUCAUCAACAGCGUCCUCGAACUGAAGGCAGUGAAUCAAGGAUGAUAUAAUGUUGAGAACUUAGGUUUGAGGAAGGAAGAUCAACAAUGCUACAGCCACUAAAACAUGUAACCAAACGCAGAUCCCUCUUCUCUUCUCUUCUCAUUCACAUCAACAACCCUGCUUCCUUUUCUUCUUCUUCUUUUUCAUCUUCUUCUUCUCAUAACUGCCACACCGUCUUAAGAAAAAUAAACGAAAACGACGUCGCAUCCUCCAUCAAGGACUGGUUCAAAACGGGCGACCCACUCAUCACCCGAAUCUUCCAGAUUCUCUCUUCGACGGACUCCUCCUCCUAUAACGACGACGCCGCCCUCGAUGCCUCUCUCUCCUCCCUAACACUCCCCCGUCUCGACGAGUCCUUCGUCCUCACUGUACUCCACCAUGGCACCGCCGCUGCACACAUCUACCCCUGUCUCCGCUUCUUCCAUUGGGCCGGCCGCCAGCCCAACUUCCACCACACUCGCGGCACCUUCUCCGCCAUCUUCCGAAUCCUCGCUCGCGCCCCAUCAGUACUCGACGAAUUCCUCCAAUCCUUCCAUCGCCGUGGCCCUGCCUUCAACCCCCGUGUGCGGUUCAAGGAUACUCUCGUCAUUGGAUAUGCUAUUGCGGGUAAGCUUGAGAUUGCAGUCCACCUGUUUGGUAAAAUGCGGUUUCAUGGUUUGGACUUGGAUUCCUUUGGUUACCAUGUGCUUUUGAAUGCCCUUGUUGAGAAGGAUUAUUUCGAUGCUUUUAAUGUCAUUAUUAGGCAGAUUAGGAUGAGGGGUUUUGAGAAUCGGUAUACCAAUGUGCUUGUUAUGAAGAGGUUGUGCAAUCAGGGGAGGUUGGAUGAGGCUGAAGGGUUUUUGUUUGGCUUGGUGGAUGGUGGCAAGGAGCUUCAUGGCUCCGAGGUGAGUGUUCUUGUCAGUGCUCUGUGUGGGAGCAAUAGGUUUGAUCAUGCUUUUAGGUUAGUUAGAAAGUUUGGGGAUUCGGGGCUGGUGCAGUUGGAUCAUGCUUAUGGGGUUUGGAUAAGGGGCCUUGUCCAGGGUGGCCGGUUGGACGAGGCCUUAGAGUUUUUCAGACAGAAGAAGAAAGAUGAAGGAUAUAUUCCUGGUUUGGCGAUGUUCAACGUGUUAAUUUACAGGCUCUUGAGGGAGAACAGGCUCAAGGAGGUGUCUGAUUUGUUGAUGGAUGUGUAUGAGAAUGCUAUUCCACCGAAUACGGCUACUAUGAAUGCCGUGCUAUGCUUCUUUUGCAAGGCUGGGAUGGUGGAUGUCGCUUUUGAUUUGUUCAAGUCCAGGUCAGAGUUUAUGUUGUCCCCAAAUCAUAUGGCUUAUAAGUACUUGAUACUUACUUUGUGUUGGGACGGAAAUGCCAAGGAAGCAUUCAGUGUGUUGAAGAGCUCGAUCGAUCACCAUUAUUUUCCAGAUAGACGGACCUUUACUAGGCUUGCCAAUGUCCUGUGUAGAGAGUGCAUGAUUGAUGAGAUGAAAGAGUUGCUCCAUCUUGCCUUGGAACGGAAAAUUAUGCCUGAUGCUUCCACAUAUGACAACUUUAUAACGGCACUGUGCCGGGCGGGAAGAGUAGAAGAUAGUUAUUUGAUACAUGGGGAACUUAAAGGUGCGUCUGCUAGCAGGGCCUAUGCAAAUAUGAUAAAGGGUUUUAAAGAGUUGAAUAGGGGAGAUAUUGCUGCUCGUCUUCUCGUUGAAAUGAAGGAGAAGGGUCAUAAAGUGACACCGGCUCUAUGUAGAGUUGUUGUUUGUUGUUUACUUCAGAUGGACAAUGCAAGGUCUCGGUUUUUCAGUUUGUUUGAGAUGCUGUCCCAUAAUGAUCGUCAACAUUAUAUUUAUGAUUGUUUCAUUGAUGCGGCUGGGCAUGCCAAGCAGGCUGAGUUGGCUUGGAAAGUGUUUGAGUUGAUGCAGAGGAAUGGCAUUCAGCCCACUUCAUCUUCUCUAAUUCUUAUGUUGAAAGCUUAUUUGAAAAGUGGAAGGACUUAUGAUGCUCUUAUCUUCUUUAAUAAUGUUUGGUCCCGUGGAUUGGCAACUAAAAAGUUAUAUAAUUGCUUGGUUGUUUCUCUCUGCAAAAGCAAGAAUCCUGAACCUGCGUAUCUGCUCUUACAACAAAUGUUAAGAGACGGUUUAAAUCCAAGCAUUGAAUGCUAUGAGAAUCUUGUACGGGUGCUUUGUUCAUCGAAAAGAUAUCAUGAGGCAGUGAAACUUGUUAAUGUGUAUGAGAAAAUGGGACGUCAAUUAACCUCUUUUCUCGGUAACGUACUUCUUUAUCACUCUAUGUCUUCAUCGGAAGUUUACAAUGCCUGUGUUCGUUUAAGAGGAGUGAAAGAGGAGGGAGAAACUGGUUGGUCAAUGCUUAGCUUUGUGGUUGGUGCAUUUCAUCAUCGUAGAGUUAGCCAUGUUGAGGACUUGGAGAAAUUAAUAGCAAAGUGCUUUCCACUUGACGUUUACACUUACAAUUUGUUGUUGAGAAUAGCAUGUAAGAGUGAUAAGGAGCAGGCUUAUGAGUUGUUUGAAAGGAUGCGUAGAAGGGGCUUUGAGCCCAAUCGGUGGACUUAUACCACCAUGGUUGAUGGUUUCAAAGGGCAAGGGAUGAGACGAGGCUCAGAGGUGGUUUCAAGAAAGGAAAAGGAUAUUAUCCAACAGAGAAACCUCUUUAAGGAACAAUGAUCAGUAUGCGUUAGAUAUCCAAAAUGGUCCACCCAAUUUUAAUCUUGUUAUAAGUUAUAUCAGAUCUUAAACCAGGGAAGCAGAUCCCAAAAACAUGCAUUAUUAAUGAAACGAAGAUCAUGAGCUCAUGAAGUCAACUUCACUCACCGCACAUAAAAGCAAACACUUUCCUUAGCUUCUGUUUGAGAAAAUCCAGAGACUACAUUGCAAACUGCAAACCCUUCUCUCUUCCAUCAGCUUUCUUUCUUCGUUCUGAUCCAAUCUGAUCUGCUGCUGUAUUUGAAAUUCAAUCAUGGCUGCAAAACUUGAUGGUGGAGCUUAUCUCACUUCUUUCGUUGAUGCUGUUUUAGACAAGUUGUCUUCAAUACUUGAAGAUGACUCUGUCCUCGACUCUGUCCUGGAGUUGCUUGAAAGGUUGCAGAAUAGUCUGUAUGAUGCUGGACCUGUUCUUGAUGAUGCUGAGCAGAAGCAGUUCACUGACAAGAGAGUCAAGAAGUGGCUUGUUGAUCUCCAAGAUGCUCUUUAUUUUGCUGAUGACUUGCUUGAUGAACUCUCCACUAAGGCCGCCAUCGCGGCCACUCAAGGGGAUUCAGGUAACUCUUCUUCCUGGUCUCGUCUUGUUGAUUCAUACAUUGAUGAUAGUGGUGUCAAUGUCAUCAAAAAAAUAGUUGGCAAACUACAGUCUCUUGUAGAACGAAAAGCUAAACUUGGUCUAGAAAAGAGUGCCAAGUUGGACACAUCAUGGAGAAUUCCAUCCACAUCUCUCGUUGUAAGUUCUGACAUAUUCGGUCGGGACAAAGAGAAGAGAGAGAUAAUCAAAUUGUUGCUAGAUGAUUCUGAAUGACCUCUUACUCUGAUCCCAAUUUGGGGUAUGGGUGGAAUAGGAAAAACUGCUCUAGCUCAACUGGUUUACAGUGAUGCCAAAGUAGUGGGAAAAUUUGACACUAGAGUAUGGCCUUAUGGGUGUGUGUUGCUGAAAAUUUUAAUCCUAUUAGCCUUACAAGAACUAGACUAGAGAAAAUAACUUGUAGUUCUUAUAAGAAGGAUGAUUUUGAUUCACUUCAAACUCAUCUGAAACAAAAGUUGAUAGGAAAAAUAUUCUUAAUUGUUCUAGAUGAUGUCUGGCAUGAUCAACAAGACAUUUGGGAGGAUCUUCUAAAACCUUAUCGCUACGGCAAUCACGGAAGUAAAAUCCUUUUGACAACCGUAGUGAAAAGGUUGCUUCUGUGGUUGCAACUACCGAUCUACAUUACCAACUGAGUUUGUUGUCUAAUGAAGAUUGCUGGUUAGUAUUUUCAAAACACGCAAGUCUUUCUGCUGAUUCUAUGAUGAAUCCAACUCUGGAAAAAGUCGGCAAAGAUAUUGUAAAGAAGUGUGAUGGAUUGCCCUUGGCAGUUCAAGCACUCGGAGGCUUAUUGCGUGGAAAUUCUGAAGUCAAGUCUUGGAAUCAUAUAUUGAAGAACGAGAUCUGGAAAUCCUCCAAUGACAAGAUAAAAAUUGUUCCAGCCUUAAGAGUUAGUUAUUAUUAUCUUCCUUCGUGUCUAAAAAAGUGUUUUGUUUAUUGUUCCAUAUAUCCCGAGAGUUGUGAAUUUGAUAAAGAUGAAUUGAUCUUGUUAUGGAUGGCGGAGAGUCUCUUACAACCAGUAGGAGAAAAGACUCUAGAAGAAGUUGGUGACGAAUAUUUUGAUGAAUUAUUUGUGAGGUCAUUUUUCCAACCUCAUAGUACUAAUGACAAGACAUUUGUGAUGCAUGAUCUUGUACAUGAUUUGGCAAUGAUCUAUGCUGGAGAAUUCUGUUUUAGAGCAGAAGAGCAUGAAAAUGCUGUUGAGAUUGAUAUUAAAGCUCGUCAUUUAUCACAUAAUGCUACAGGCAAUUAUCCAAUCUCAAAACUUCUAGGAGUUUGUGAUAGAGUAGAACAUACAAGGACAUUUCUUGAAAUCAAUUUGUCACCAAAUAUCCCAUUUGACAUGGAAAACACACCUUGUAUCUUGUUGUCAAAAUUGAAGCGCCUUAGAGCUUUGUCAUUCAAAUGCUUUCCUCUUGAAUCACUUCCUGAUUCAAUAGGUGAGUUGAUUCAUCUGCGUUACUUGGAUCUCUCUGGAACCUACAUUGUGACAUUGCCCGAGUCUUUGGGUAAUCUUUACAAUUUGCAGACCUUGAAGCUGAUUGGAUGUGAAAAAUUGAAAAUGCUUCCGGAUGGCAUGCAAAAUCUUGUAAAUUUAAGGCAUCUUGAUAUUAGAGCAACUUGUUUGCGCGAGAUGCCGAAAGGCAUGAGCAAAUUGAAAAGUUUGCAGUUUUUAAGCGACUUUGUUGUUGGGAAGCAUGAAGAGAACAAGAUCAAAGAAUUGGGAGCACUUGCGAAUCUGCGCAAAUCAAUUUCCAUUGACAAAUUGGAGAACGUGGUCGACAGCAGUGAAGCUUGGGAGGCAAGAAUGUUCGAUAAGGAUGGCAUUGACUCUUUGAAGUUGAUUUGGUCAUCAAAUAAAAGUAGGGAUGGAGUUUUUGCUUUUGGUGUCAAAAAGAAGGAUGCAGCUGAUUCCCAAAUUGAAAGAGAUAUACUUGACAAGUUACAACCUCACAGUAAUUUGAAAGAAGUAGAGAUCAGUGGUUACAGAGGCACAACAUUUCCAGAUUGGUUGGGAAAUUCUUCCUACCACAACAUCACCACACUAACCCUGCAACAUUGCAAGAAAUGUUCUGUGCUUCCUUCAUUUGGACAAUUGCCUUCUUUGAAGCACCUUACAAUUUCAGAUUUUAAAAGUCUGAAAACUGUGGGUGCUGAGUUUUACAAGGGUGGAUCUUGUUUGGAGACACCAUUUCCAGUUCUUGAAACUUACAUUUUGCUCAAUUAGUGACUGGGUGGAGUGGCAUUCAAUGGAGUUCAAUGCAUUCCCUCGACUUGCGGAGCUUACCUUAAGUGACUCUCCCAUGUUGAGAGGAGAUUUGCCCAAUCAUCUACCAUCUUUGCAAUCACUUACCAUUGACAAUUCCAAGUAUCUCCGUUGUUGUCUUCCAAGAGCUCCUGUGAUGACCUCUUUAAACAUAGUUGGUGCUGGAGAAGUGAGAACUAGGGAGCUACCUCCUUUACUGCGUAAACUAUCAGUUCAUGGAAUUGAUCAAGUGGAGCCGGUGGUUAAGGCCUUUCGGCAUAUGCAACUGACUUGCCUCACAUCUUUAUGCAUCUCAGAUUGUUCCUUCCACAUAUCAUUUCCAGUGAGUAGUAUUCCUGCAUCACUACAAGAGUUGACAAUAUCAGAUUGUGUAAAAUUAGAACUCGAAAUGGAUGGGCAUCACAAGUCCCUGCAGUCACUGAAUAUAAUUAAUUACUAUGAUUCAGCUACAUCCUUCUCUUGGGAUGCCUUUCCAAAUCUCGUGCGUCUCCAAAUCAAGGAGUGUAAAAGCAUGGAGUCUAUUGUGGUGUCACAGUCUCUUUCAUGUCUUCGUUCUUUAUAUAUAUCCGGUUGUUGGAGUUUGAAGUCAGUGUCGACGCUAUGGAUGGCAGCACCUCAGCUAGAGGAUCUCACAAUACUGGAAUGCCCAGAGAUUGAAUUGUCUCCUACAGGGGAUGGGGAUCCACAUUGUAGCCUGAAAUCUCUUACUAUCAGCUACUCCAAACUAAUCAGUUGUGCAGCAUUCAUGAAUUUGCAAUUAAAUGGACUUACUCAUCUUCGCAUUUUCGGUGAAUAUAAGGAGAGUGUGAAGUGCCUCCCAAAGGAAGGUUGGUUGCCUGCCUCACUCGAGUCUCUCACACUUUUUUACAUUCAAAGUGUGGAGACAUUGGAGUGCAAGGGACUUGCUCACCUCAACUCCCUACAACAAUUAAGUAUUCAUCAUUGCUCCAAGUUGAAGAAUAUUGAGGGAGAAAAGCUGCCUGCCUCUCUAAAACAACUCAUCAUCAAAGGAACUCCUUUGCUGGGUAGACGGUGCGAGAAGAAGGAUCCAGAGGUUUGGCCCAAAAUCUCCCAUAUCCACGGCAUUCAAGUUGAUAACAGAUGGAUUUUGUAAUCCAACAACUUCAACAGCGUAUCCAUGGAACCAACAUCACAACUUCUGCAGCUAUGGUUUUUCUUUUGCUGCAUGAAGUAUAUUCAAUCGUUGCAAUAUGCAGUGGGGGAAUGCUGAGAAGUAAGACAAGAAAUUUGCUGACAAGAUUCAAGGCCCCUGCCAAGAUAGAAACUUUCACACACAAUGGACUUCUCACUAUCAUUGCUUCCAUGUGAGAGUGAAACUUUCUUCCAGAAAACUAUUGAGCAAACAAGGGAGAACCACAAUCAUGGACACAAUCCAAGAUAUUCAAGAGAGGCAUGAGAGUGAUUAAGAAAGGAGCCCCAAUGAGCUUCAUCAAGUGUUGUUGGACAUGGCUGCAGGGUCAAUCAGCUCCAGCUUGAGGAAGUGCCAAAGGAAUAUCAGGAACAGACCUCAUUGCCAUCAUAAUAUUGAUCAUUAUCAUAUUGAUAUAGUCCUUCUUAUUGGCAAAAUAAAAUUUACCUUUAGAAUUUCGGUUCAUGUGUAUGUUACUCUUUAAUUUUUUUUUUCUAAACCAUUUGAUAAGAAAUUUCAGACA